UUUCACAACUCCCUCUCUCCCAAACCACGAGUACCCAGAGUCCCCAGUGCCAACGCGUUUCUCUCCAUUCAACCGCCAGACUUACAACUACUGUAGUGUACAAGAACAACAGCCAUCGCCGAGGAGGACAAGGUGCUUUUUUUUCCUUCGCCAGGCAGUUUUCUGCUUACCCCCCCGCCACCAAUAAUUUUUCCAGAUUUCUUGUGUGGCCGCCCCCGCACAAUAUCUCUUUUUUCUUCGCACCACAUCCUUAACCGCCGCAGCAAGUAAUCCGCUUCCCCAAGUUCGCACAAGCACGAGGUUGAGCUCAGAUCUCCACUCUUGGUUGCCCCACUCUGCUGGUCGUCCACGUUAAAUCGGCAGCUUUUUCCCUCGACACGCGCCUACUUCUGGCAUUCAUCCUGCCAUCUACGCCAUUCCACGACACCGCACUCACAUCCACAUCCAUCAACUCUCUUCUUGGCGUUACGAAAACCACCGCAAUCAUGGCAACAAACGGUAAUGUUAAUCACAGCGACCAGUACGCAGCGCCCAGCUCGACAACCGAGGCCCCCGCCACUGCUUCCUCCACCACUCCCCAGACCCAGAACCAGACCCUGCCCAAGGAUGAGGUCGGCUGGUACUUCGUCGAGCAAUACUACACCACUCUGAGCAAGAACCCCGAGAAGCUCCACCUCUUCUACGGCAAGAAGUCCCAGUUCGUCUACGGUCAGGAGGCCGAGGUCUCCUCCGUUUCCUAUGGCAGACAGGGCAUCCAGGAGCGCAUCAAGGGACUCGAUUUCCAGGACUGCAAGGUCCGCAUCUCGAAUGUCGACUCGCAAGGCUCCGGCGACAACAUCGUUAUCCAGGUCAUCGGCGAGACCUCCAACAAGGGCGCCGAGCCCAAGAAGUUCGUCCAGACCUUCGUCCUUGCCCAGCAGCCCUCUGGCUACUUCGUUCUGAACGACAUGCUCCGCUACAUCAAGGAGGAGGGUGAAGAGGAGGUCGAGGAGCCCGCCCAGGAGGCCGCUGCUGCUCCUGAGGAGGAGACUCCCGCUGAGCCUGAGGCUCCUGUCGAGGCCGCCCCUGAACCUGUCGAGGAGGCCAAGCAGACCGAGCCCGAGGCUGCCGAGCUUGAUGCCAGCGCUGUUGACCGGGAGCUUGAGGAGGCUGCUGAGGAGGAGACGCCCGCUGCUCCCGUCGAGGCCGUCCCUGAGCCUGUCGAGGAGGCCAAGCAGCCUGAGCCGGAGGCUGCCCCCGAGCAGGCUGCCGAGCCGGAGAAGAUUGUUGAGGAGAUUACCGAGGAGGAAGUUAAGAAGCCUGAGGAGCCCAAGGCCCCUACACCCACUCCUGCCCCUGCUGCUGCUCCUCGCGCGGCUGCUCCUCCUGCUGCCGAGCCCGAGAAGCCCAAGGAGCCCCCCAAGCCCAAGACUUGGGCCAACCUGGUCGCUGUUGCCGCCGGCCCCAAGCCUGUCGUUCCUCUGACCAAGGCCGCUACUCCUGCGGUUCCUGCCCAGACCCGCGCCGCUGCCCCUGCGGCCGCUCAGCAGCCCGCCGCUGCUCCUCAGGCUGCCGAGACCGCUGCCGCCCCCAAGGAGCAGGCCAACGAGUGGCAAACCGCUGAGACCAAGCGCCAAAGUCGUCCCCAGUCCACAAUCGCCAGUGCCGAGAAGGAGACCGCUAUGGCCUACAUCAAGUAUGUCACGGAGAAGGUCAAGGAAGAGGACCUCAAGGGUCUCUUGAGCAGCUUCGGCGAGCUCGUUUACUUUGACAUCAACCGCACCAAGAACUGCGCUUUCGUCGAAUUCAAGACCCAGGCCGGUUACAACGCCGCCGUUGCCGCCAACCCCCACACCGUCAACGGCGAGAACAUUGUUGUUGAGCAGCGUCGCCCCAAGUCUACCGCCUUCGGUGGUAGCAACUACGGUUCCUCUAACCGUGGCGGCGCUGCUGGACGUGGCCGUGGUGGCUUCGAGGGUGGUCGCUCUGGCAGCCAGAGCGGCGGCCGCGGUGGAUUCGGCGGCCAGUCUCGUGGCCGCGGCGGAGCCAACCGUGGCCGUGCCCCUACUGCUCAAACCCCUACCGCCUAGGUGGCGUGAAGGGUUGACCAGAAGGUCACAGUCGAUACUGCCUAAGAACUCGUCGCAUUGCCCAGUGUGAUGAUUGAUAAGAUUUAUCAAACGAUAUAUAUGGUUGUUCCUCUCACUUGCGGAUGGGCUGGAGUUGUUUGGAAGGUUAGGAAAAGACCUGAAGACAAAAGGAGGCACAAAAUUCGUCUUUGGUGGGAAUGAUUGCCGCGACCAUAAACGGGAAAUGACUUUCAUUUUUUUUUGGGAGGAGACAGGCCAGGAAGAGAGGGCUACGAUGCAUCCAUAUUCAGGCUUGUUUCUUAUCUUUUUUGUGUGGGCGGACAGGGUCCCAAUACGGUUGUGUGGUGUUUGGUUGCGUUUCUAUGCUUGGAGUUUCGGAGCGAUCAUGCAUAUACAAAAUCUUCACCACUUGCAUUUCUUCCCAUUUCAGCUUUUCCGAAACACCUUCGUCUUGGGUUGCUGUAUUCUGACCUCAUGCUUGGGAAGUCUUCAAGUCGUAGGCGCAUAUCAUUCAGUAUCAGUUCCCAAGAGAAGCAAUGGCGUGAGGUUAUUUAACAGAGGUCACAGCUGCAGUUGAAAGCUUCCACUACGAGUCAUGACCCCAACAAAAGAGGUGGGAGAUCCAACAAGCCAGCAGGUAGAUAGUAUCUGCCAGCCAUCGUGAGCUUGCGGUUUUUGAAAUCACGCCUUUCGUUUGGCAAAGCCGGACGAGUUUAUUCACAAUUCCCCUUUCAAUACACAGCUUCGAGUCUAGUCUGACAUCUGACCCUUGAAGCAUGGAUAGGGCUUUGGGCGCCUUGCUUUUACCUGAUUAGCCUGCUUACACUACUACUUAACUACGCCUGUUGGUGAGAUUUCUUGGCCGGCGUCUAUGUUGAGCACAUUCAGUUUUCAUGAUCGUGGGCGUAAGAAACGGCCUGAAAUUGUGAGGUCACACACUUUGUUAUCAUAAGCAUCAGGUUGAGACUAAACAGCAUGUAGAUGAGUGUCACAAUAUGACCACUGUCAGCAUACUC